AUGUCAACCAGGACGAAGAAGUGGACGUCACGUGUUGUGACGCAUUUCUUUGAUGUUGCCAUCACAAAUGCUUGGAUCCAGUACAGCUCUGACAGUACAGCGCUGAAUCGAACAGCUAAAAACACAGAGCGGUACCUGGACUUAAAACUGCACCUGGCUGAAGAGCCAAUGGAGAGUCCAGCAUUUGAUGACAGCAGUGAAGACAGUGAGGAAGAGUAUCGACCACCAAGCAAAACAAGGAUUCCACAACCAGAGCCAUCUGUACGCAGAGUAGGAGCCAUACACAUGCCAGAGAUGAUGGACAUAAAACAUGCGGAAAGAUGCAGGAUCAAGGGCUGCAACGACAAGACAUACAUGAGUCUGUCUCCUCUGGUCCUGUCCGCACCCAAACACCUCAGAUGUGACGUUCAGGCCCAUCUCUAUUAA